ACUUUCCUCCGGCUCGUCAUGAAGAGAUUCAUCGGUGUGCCGCAGCUAGCCGUGAUUCUGCUCUACAUUCCUCUCAUACAGGUUUUUACCAUUCUGGGCAAUUCCCAUUCCAGAGUGAUGCUGUUCCCCGAGGCGUGGGGUCGCAGUCAGUGUCGUCCUCUGGAGCGGAUGGUGGAGGUGGAGCAGGAGUAUCCCGGAGGAGUGGAGCACAUCUACAGUCCCGGCUGCGUGCCGCUGCUGCGCUGCUCCGGAUGCUGCAAUGACGACAAACUGGCGUGUUUCCCCAUCAGCACACGCAACAUCAGCAUCCAGCUGUUGAGAAUAACUCCGGCCGAGAGGAGCAGAGAAUACGUGCUUCUGUCCUUUCAGGAGCACCAGAGCUGUGAGUGCAGGCCCAGACGACACCACCUGAGACAUCAGCACAGGAGGCGGCGGAAGGGCAAACGCAGGAGGAGACGGAGAGGGAGGACAGACGGGGAUUGAGACGCUGCCGGGGGUCAGGUGACUCUCUGCUGCCCCCUCACAUGUGUCUCUGCAGUGUUAUGACUAGCACAUGAAACCCCUGCAGUGCGCCAUCUAUUUAUAUCAACCAUUCUAAUGAUUCAAUGACAAUAAUUAUGACUCAUAAACAAUUAAGGCUGUGCGUUCAGCUCAAAUACGAAAGCUGUAAAUAAUGCACUAAAACAUUCUGCUAGAAUAGCUUUGACUUGACAUUAAUCAUCUUCUAAGCUCUCAACCAUCACAGCAGAUGUAGUUAUAUUCACCGCUACAGUGUUUG